UUUUAUCCCCAAAGCAUCAUCUCUACCAUUACACCGAUCUGUUUCUUUGUUUUUGGUCCGAGCACAAGAUUCGGAGCUCAGAGGUACGAGACAUGUUAGACCAUAAUCGAAUAUGAAAUCAUGAAGGAGAUGGUGUACUCGCGCAAGAAAAGAACCAAGUGUACAGAGGAGAGGGGAGAAAGCAUCCGGUGCUUGGAAUUCUCCAGAAGAGGGCUAUCGACUGACCUCCCAUCCGCACUACUUUUUAUUGGAUCUUUUACCUUCCGUUCGAUCGUGAGUCAACGUGUCGAACCCGAACGGCUCCACUUGCCGUAAUGAUGACGGAGACCACUAUGAAGAGACUCCUCGGCCUCCUCCUCCUCCCCUUCCUUCCCUUUCGCCGUUCCUCGCGUUCCAUGUUGUCGCACCUGCGUCCGCGGUAACUUCUGGCAGACUCGGCUCUCGGCUUUCCCACUCGAAAAGCUUCCCCGUCCCUUUCCCCUAAAGUUAACCAAAUCCAACCCCUCAAGAAAUUGGAUUUAUUAUAUGCGAGAUAUGAUGUGAAACCCUAGCGACCGCGUCGGUGUUCGAUCUCUUUCCGGAAGCAAAGGGAUCGGAUCCGGAGCGCGGGAUGAUCGUCUGCUGCCGGUCGUCGACGGCCGUGUCCCACCUUCCCCGACGCCGGCUUCAAUAAUAACCACCAACUGCAGCAGAACGGCGGCGGCCACCGCGAGAGGAUGACGAUUCUAGGAAGCGAGUUCAAGUCUGUCGGCAGGAUCGAAGAGAGGUAUGUGCUCGCCCGCGAGCUCGGCCGUGGGGAUUUCGGCGUCACCUACCUUUGUAUCGAUCGGAACACCAGGGAGCUCUUCGCGUGCAAGUCGAUCUCCAAGCGGAAGCUGCGGACGGCGGUGGACGUGGAGGACGUGCGGCGGGAGGUGGCCAUAAUGCGGCACGUGCCGAAGAGCCCCAGCAUCGUGAGCCUCAGGGAGGCAUGCGAGGACGACCGCGCCGUGCAUUUGGUGAUGGAGCUCUGUGAGGGCGGGGAGCUCUUCGAUCGCAUUGUGGCCAAGGGGCACUACUCGGAGCGUGCCGCUGCUGCUAUCAUGAGGACGAUCGUUGAGGUUGUGCAGCUGUGCCACCGACACGGGGUCAUCCAUCGCGACCUCAAGCCGGAGAACUUUUUGUUCGUGGACAAGAAGGAUAACUCACCGUUGAAGGCGAUUGACUUCGGGUUGUCUAUAUUCUUCGAGCCUGGUGAAAAGUUUUCUGAGAUAGUUGGAAGCCCAUAUUACAUGGCUCCUGAAGUUCUAAAGCGGAGUUAUGGACCAGAAAUUGAUAUAUGGAGUGCUGGAGUUAUUCUCUACAUCCUCCUAUGUGGAGUUCCUCCAUUUUGGGCUGAAACCGAACAAGGUGUUGCACAAGCCAUUCUUCGGGGAGUUAUAGAUUUUGAAUGUCAACCAUGGCCUAGUGUUUCAGAAAGUGCUAAGAAUUUGGUUCAACAGAUGUUGGAACCUGACCCCAAGUUACGAUUAACUGCAAAGCAAGUUCUUGAACAUCCUUGGAUUCAAAACACUAAGAAAGCUCCAAAUGUACCUCUUGGUAAUGUUGUCAAGUCAAGGCUCAAACAGUUUUCAAGGAUGAAUGGAUUUAAAAGAAGAGCUUUGAUGGUUAUUGCUGAUCACUUGUCCAUCGAAGAAGCUGAGGAUAUUAAAGAGAUGUUUAGGAUGAUGGACACUGAUAAUGAUGGCAUCAUUUCCCAUGAUGAGCUUAAAGCUGGGCUUCCUAAGUUUGAUUCGCACCUUGUGGAGUCUGAAAUGCAGAUGCUUAUUGAAGCUAUCGAUACCAAGGGAAAAGGAACCCUAGAUUAUGGAGAUUUUGUAGCUGUUUCUCUUCAUUUACAAAGAAUGACAAACGAUGAGCAUCUCAGAAGGGCCUUCUCCUAUUUUGACAAAGAUGGGAACGGAUUUAUUGAAUCAGAGGAACUUCGUGAGGCACUAGAGGAAGAUGGAGCCCCUGAUAGCACGGGAUUGGCCAAUGAUAUCUUGUACGAGGUUGAUACUGACAAGGAUGGCCGGAUCAGCUACGAUGAAUUUGUGGUGAUAAUGAAAACUGGAGCAGAUUGGAGGAAGGCUUCAUGGCACCAUUCAAGAGGAAGUUUCAAUAGUAGUCUAAAGUGUCAGACUAAUGAUGGAUGGAUCCUUAAAUUUGAGCAAUGAAUAAAAAAAAAGAAUAGCUAGAUGUCAUCUGCUUAUUUGUAGUUGAGAACGGGUCCUCCAUGCACAAAAUAUUUUUCAAUCUUAAUUAUCUUGGGUGGGCAAAAAGGCUUGAUGGACUCUUAUUUGAUUUGCUCCGCUAUGUAAUCACUUCUCCCUCCACCGCCAUGAUAGACGUGCCACUGUCUGAUAGAGACAGUGGGUUGUAUUUGCUGUGGAAAUAUUGUACCAUAAAAAGAGUUUGCUGUAAACCAGAUGCAUGCACAAUAUCCA